CUUCCCUGCGCCCAAAUAAAAGUGUCCCCACAAGUGCCAAUAUUUACAAUGAGCCCACAUGCAAACGCAAACAAAAGGGACGUGAUCCGCACCAACAAUAAUCAUGGGACGUCGUUUUACCCUCCGCCCUUGAAGAUCAACAGGGACUCCCAUUUCAUCAAGAAGUCCUCGUCCUCGUCUUCGGCCUCGCCGUCGUCGUCAGCUUCGUCGUCCACAUCUUCCCUCGUGAACGCUGUGGCUGGUGUGAAACCGCCCCAGCAACAGCGCCAUCCGGUGAUUAUCUACACGCAUUCGCCCAAGGUCAUCCACACGCACCCGAGAGAUUUCAUGGCGUUGGUGCAGAAGCUCACGGGGCUAUCGCGCUUUGAGGAUGACAGGCGAGAGCCUCAUCCGCAGCGGCCGCCUCCUUCAGCAAAACGCGAGGUUAAUGUGGAGAGUUUGUUGGAGGAGAAGAUCAUGAAUAAUAAUAGGAUCACCGGAAAUUUUAUGAUGAGGAACGAGGACAACGAUUCGUCGUCGGUUAUUACGACGGAGGAGAAUUGUAGCAGCAAAAACAUUACUAAUAACAAUAACAACAACAAUAACAAUAAUAAUGUAGGGAGUGUCGUAGGUGUAGGAGGAGGAGGAGGGGAUGGUCAGGUGAAUUCCUGCUUCGUGCCGCCUAAUCCUUACCUCGGAAACAUUCCGGUUUUUACGCCGAACGCCACCGAUUUCUUGUGCUCCAAUUCCAUCAACCACCUCUUCACAGCAAUAUGACGAUCAUCCUGCAUGGUGAUCAUGAUUCAUGAUCAUGCGGCGGCGGAGGAGGAGUACAACUUUGUGAUGGAAUGGCCCUGCCUACGGGACUAAAUUGAAGGCCUGCCUACGUGACUAAAUUGAAGGGAAGGAUUCGCCGUUUUUGUUAGAAUUAAUGUUUGAUUAUUUGUUGGUUUUUGUUUUUCAUCGAUUUUUUGUUGGAGUUAAUGUGGAUGCCUGCAAGCUGCCAAUAAAAGUUCUA